AACCGGGCUAACCAGGCCAACAACGACGCAUCGUAGGGACGUCGGGCAACCGCUCAAUAUCUCUUCGGGUUUUAACUCGCCAACCUCCGUUCGCCACAAGCAGCAGCAGCGUCAACUACGGGAAUAGUAGCAGUGCACAGCAGCUGUGAAAUCAACCACCACUGGAGAGGAGAAGAGCUUCGAGAUACCCCAUUCGACGGAGCAACCCUCUUUGCGUUUUCUGCAUCCACUGCGCGGAGACGCUUGAACGGAAGCUCGCUCGAUUGUUCACAAGAGAAUCGGGGGAAAAAGAGGAAGAAACAAAAAUACUACCGUUUCUAACACGAGGCUAACGAUAAAUAAGUUAUUUAAUAAAAAAUAAAACAACAAAAAAAAAAAAAAAACCACGAACUAAAGCAUAAUAAUUAUUGUCGGUAAAAAUGGAGGAUAAAAAACUUGAACAGUAUUACUCGCCGCCGCCGAAACUCGGCAAAUGGGAGGGCUUCAGAAUUUUUCUGUGGAAUUCAGAAACCGGACAAUUUAUGGGACGGACUGGUGCAAGUUGGGCCAAGAUAUUGCUGUUCUACGUUAUAUUCUACGCCGUACUAUGCGGAUUCUUCGGGGCGAUGUUGGCCGUUUUUUACCAAACGCUAGAUCCGAACGCCCCUAAAUGGCAGCUGGAAGGAUCGCUGAUCGGCACCAACCCCGGUCUCGGUUUCAGACCGAUGCCUCCAGAGAGCAACGUCGAGAGCACUUUGAUCUGGUACAAGGCCAGCGACGAGGGAAACUACCGUCACUGGACCAAGGAGCUGGACAAGUUCCUCGAAAGUUACAAGAAGAUCGUGCCGAAGCCGGGUGUAAUCGACACCAGGGUGCCCUGCGACUACGAUUCCCCGCCACCGCAGGGCAAGGUCUGCAACGUCGACGUGGAGUCAUGGCAUCUGUGCAACCGAAACAAUACCUACAAUUACCAGAAAUCGGCGCCCUGCAUUUUCCUCAAGCUGAACAAGAUCUUCGGCUGGAUGCCGGCGACGUACAACGACACGACCGAUUUGCCGAGUAACAUGCCCGACGAUCUGAAGGCGCACAUCGCUAACGAGAAGUCGAGGAAACCGAAGUCGGUCAACACCGUCUGGGUGUCCUGCGAGGGUGAGAAUCCAGCGGACGUGGAAAAUAUCGGUCCUAUCCAGUACAUCCCGCAGCGAGGUUUCCCGGGAUAUUAUUUCCCGUUCACCAACACCCCGGGAUAUUUGAGUCCCCUGGUCGCGGUGCAUUUUGAAAAACCAAAGUACGGAGUCCUGAUCAACAUCGAGUGCAAAGCGUGGGCCCGCAACAUUCACCACGACAGAUUCGAGCGACGUGGAUCGGUUCAUUUCGAGCUCAUGGUGGAUUAAGCUGUCAAAUUUAAAGACAAAAUUUUGCUUCGACCACUACCAACUGCCGGCAAAAUUUUUCAAGCCCUCAAUCAUAUUGCAUAAUUAUAUAUACAUAUAUAUUAUUACGGCAAAGUCCCUGCCAAAAAAAAAAAAAAACAAGAAAAAAAAUUACCAACAAAAAAAGAAAUCAUUUUAUUUAAAUCUUAUUAUUAAAUAUUAUUAUCGACAUAAAUUCAUCAUAAAAACAUACAUGAUAAUACAUGAUACAUGCAUAGUCACAUAUAUACAUACAUAAUACAUAUAUAAAUUAUAUUCGCACAUCCUAAUUUCAUCAUUUUAUACAAUCCGAAGAAGAAAGAAAAAAAAAAUAACAAACAAAAUACAAAUCACCAACUACACGGGCAAUAAUUUUCUAUUAGGCAAUCGGUUUCAUAGACAUUCACUACGUAAUUAAUUAUUUGAUUUCAAUUAAUUAAUUAUACGUUCGCUUCGUUUCAAUAUCUCAAUGAAUUAGCUAUGAUCAGUGUCAAGUUAAAAUAACAAAAAUAAUAACAAUAAUAGUUAUAAUGAUAAUUAAUAAUAAUAACAUUAAUAUUAAUAAUAAUAACGUAUAACGUAGUAAUAUACAUAUAUGAACACUCAUAUGAAUAUUAUAUAGGUCCAGUAUUGUUUGAAUUUCGGCUUAUAUAAAAUACGGCUACACUAUAUGUAUAUUGUACAUUUCAUUUAUUCAUUAACUAUUAUUAUCAUUAUUAUAAUUGUUGUUGUUAUUUUUUUUUGUUAAAGACACACUAAAAAUCAUACAUUAAUAUAUUAUCUACAUGAAAUGUAUCGGUAUAUAUAUUAAUAAGAAGUAUACAUGUUGUAUAAGAAGUUUGCAUACAGCUGCAGGAGUGUAAUGAUAAUUAUUACGAUUUAUUUAUUUAUUGAUCAAUUAAUUUAUUUAUCUAUUCUAUUUAAAUCAUAUACGUAAUUGAAUUCAUUUCACGAGGGUUUCGUUUUAAUAAUUUCAUGAUACGAGGCGUUCGAAAGAAAAAAUGAAGAAGGAAGCGAAGAAAAAAUUAAAAUAACAAAAAUAAGAUCCGAUUACACACAUAUUAUUUUUAUUCGCUAUGAUAUGAUAAAACUACGAUAAUACUAAUAAUGACAAUUAACAAUAACACUAGCGACAAACGAUGGAAAAAAAAAAAAAAAAUACAUCGGCAAACGUAAGGGGGAAUAAAAAAUCUCGCGGCUCUUUACUUACAAUUAGCAAAUAACGUGGCCACCCAGAUAUUAAAUUAGAUACUUAAAGUGAACUAUUAUAUUAAUUAUGUACUCGUCGUUAUUAUACUGUCUGGGCAUGAAACCUGUGAAAA